ACUCACUGCUGGUGGUGCGAUGGUAUGGAUAUCAAUGAUGCCAAGCUAAAGAUCUCACCGCCCAAGACCUCGUGGCAGAAAAACUUAAUUUCCAUUAUCUCUUUGCGCAAAUCUAGAUUACUGCUUGGAGAUUUUAAAUGACAACGACGAUACUACAUCAUUUUCGAAUCAUUUAGAAAACAUGCCGCAUAAACAUACACGUAAAGGAGGGGAUGACAAAUCUACUAUCAACCUACCACCCACUACUAUCGCAAAACCUUUACCUGUUUCUAAAUCCAGCAAUGCCAAUGGAAUCUUUACCAGCGAACUGAAUUCUACGCGCAAAAACAAGAAGAGAAAGAGAAAUCCCAACGCCGACGAUGACACACCUAAAGCAUUUGCGAGGCUUAUGGCCUUUAAAUCUGGACAGAAAUUACCCAAAGGAUUAGAUGAUGGAUUGAAAAAACCAAAAGUCAAAAAGGCGAAGAAUAACGACGAUGAUUCGGAAAAGAAGAAUGUGCCAACACCAAAGAAAGAAGAGCCAGCCGUGGAAACUCCCAAAAUAAGACCUGGAGAAAAGAUGUCCGAGUUUUCAGCAAGAGUUGAUGCGGCAUUACCAGUUGGAGGAUUGAUUAAUAAAAGUUCUAGAGGUGGUAAAGAUCCAUUGGGUCUCAAGCAGGGACGUACAAAGACGGAGAAGAAGAUGCACCGAAUGUAUGAUGAAUGGAGGGAAGAAGAGAAAAAGAUUCAAGAGAAACGACAAGAAGCAGCAGAAUUGAGGGAGGAGGAUGAUAUGGAGAUGGAUGGAGAGGGGCAAAUGCAAUGGAAAUCCGACAUAAACACAGAUGGAAAGACAAGCAAGAAUAAAAAGAAGAAGAAGAAGGUUUUGGGAGAAAUUGAUGAUGGAAAUGAUGAUCCUUGGGCAAUAAUUGCGAAGAAUAGAGGUGAAGUGAAGGGUGGGUUGAAUGAUGUGGUACAGGCUCCGCCAACUUUCACCAAGGUACCAAAAGCCAAGUUUAAGGAGCUUCACGGAGCCAAGGUAGAAGUUUCAGAUGUACCCAAAGCAGCUGGAAGUUUAAGGAGAAGAGAAGAAUUGGGUGAAGAGAGGAAGAAUAUUGUUGAAUCAUAUAGACAAAUGAUGAAGGAUCAUAAGGACAAAGUCAAGUCACAGUAAUAUACCUAGUACUUGAUAGGAACAACUCCAAUUUACCCUUAGAUAAUAAGAAGUACGAACCUUUGAAUCA